AUGCCACUGCAGAUCCUCACAGACGUGCCCCCGUUGCCUGCCAACUAUGCCCGCCGUGCUGGACUUUCCGAUUCUGUGAUCAAAUCCCUGCAGAAAUGCCUGAAAGCAUCAGGGCUGUGUCUUGUACAUGGUGCUGGAGGCAUGGGCAAAACAGUCGCCACGUGUGCGACGCUGCUUGAUGAGACCACCUUGUCUGAGACCUUCCCUCAGGGCGCUGCAUAUGUCACUGUUGGUCAGAGCCCAGAUGUGCUGAGCUUGCAAUCGACUCUCCUGCGUGCUUUCGGGGUGCAUGAUCCACCGGCCGAUGUUUCGGAUGGCUACGCCCGUCUUUACAAUGCGUUGUCAGGGUGCAAAGUUUUAGUCGUGCUGGACGAUGUGUGGAAUGCAUCGCACCUGGAGUGCUUCGUCCCAAUGCGAGGGCGCCCAAAGACCUGGAGCAACGUGGCAGUUCUUGUCACCACUCGGUUCGCAGAUCUGGUGCAGAAGGCGGAGUUGCUGCGCUUGGGUGACCUGACGGACGCGGAGUCGCGGGAGCUCCUCCACUUGAAAGGAGGAGACGGUGCCCUUCUGGCACGCCUUGCAAAGCUCUGCUCACGCUCCCCUUUGGCUUUGUCCAUCCUCGGUGCCACAGGCCAGCUGGAAGCAGACCGCGAUGCCAGCCAGAAGCCUGUGACCGUUCUCACUGCAUUCUGUGACGAGCUUGCGGCACAGGAGAAGGCAGAGCCCAAUGCCAUCAAGCGCUGCAUUGGGCUGGCACAUAAACGGCUGGACCAGCAGGACAAGGACCUCUACUUGGGCAUGGCUGUAUUCCCUGAUGAUGUGCUGUUGCCGGUUGCAGCUUUGCGUACAAUCUUCCGCGACAAGGAUCUGGACACUCAGCUGCCCCGACUGGAGCGACUUCACCUCAUUCGCAGGGAAGAGGGCGCUGCAGAUGGUCCCCGAAUCCGCCUCCACGAUCUUUCCUUGGAGUUCGUCAAAGAGCAAGCUGCGCGAUGCGGUGGUGAGACGGCUCUCCAUCAGGAGCUCUUGACGAGUUACAGCUCUUGCCUGGAAGCUCCUCAGAGAUGGUGGACCGGGCCCGACGACGGGUACUAUUAUCAAAGGCUCUUGCAUCAUCUGGCUGCGAGUGGCCGGAUGGACGAAGCGAGAGAACUUCUGCUGAGGUGGGAGUGGCUGGCUGCUCGACUUCGGCGUCCCGGCGAUGCUGUGAGUUUAGUCGCAGACGUCCGAGCAUUUGCCCCGCAUGGUUCCCUUCCACAACAAACGACGAGUGGCAAAGGUCCCGUGGGCUCAGCCGCCAGCGCCGCAACGGUUAUGGGCUCGUCGCAGCAGGCGAAGGCCAGAGCGUCGGCUACUCGCAAGGCUGCGGCCAGCCCGGCAACUGCAAAGGCCAAAGCUCGGCCUAUGCAGAAGGAUGGCGCCGCCACAGAGGAGGCAGUGCAGGCAUUGAGCGUCUGGGAAGCAUUGCUCGAGGUCUUGACUCUUUCUGCACACAUCCUGACGGAGGAUGCAUCCCAGCUCGCCUUUCAAGUGCUGGGGCGACUCUUGGAAUCGGAGGUGCCCGAAGGACCUCUCGCAGCUCUUCGCUCGGGAGCGCAGAUGGCGCUGAAGGAGGGCGUCUACGGGCUGCCUGCCGGCGCCAUCCCGACCUGGCGCUGCAGCGCUUGCCCGGUCUCCAAGAAGAGCCUGCAAGGAGUUGGUGGGCCACUGGAGAGGACCUUACAACUGCACAAAGACUGGGUGCGCUGCGUGGCAGUGAAUGAAGCUGGUACGUUGCUGGCAAGCGCAUCGAACGACCUCUCAGUCAAAGUCUGGGACCUGACCCAGGAUUGCCGGAUGCUACUGGAGCUACUGGGACAUGAGACUGCAGUUCUCACUGUGGACCUUAAAGGUGACCUCGCAGUCUCCGGAGACAAGGACGAAGUGAUUCUCUGGAGCUUGGCAGAUGGCAGCAUUCUCAAACGCCGGCCUGGGUUCGCAGGGAACUUGAGCGUCGUUCAGUUUUUGAGCGAGGGGCACGUGGCAGUGGCAACCGGGACCGAUGUUGAGGUAGUGGGAGCCAGUACGCUGCAGGGCAAGCCGACCUGCAACCAUGAGGCCAGGGUGGCGGCUAUCCACUCCAGCGCAGUCCCAGGCGGUUCAGCCACAGAGCUGCUCCUCGCCUGUGGCUGCGAUGACAAGCAUGCAGCACUGUGGAAGCUGAGCAUGCAAGAUGCCAAGCGCAAGAAACCUACAGCCCCAGAUUUCACGGCACAGCAGAUCACCAGGUUUUUGGUGGGAGAUCAGGACGUCCGGGCUGUGAGUUUGAGCAGUGCGGGGAAUCUCCUGGCCUGUGGGAAUGAUGACGGGGUCUUGCGAAUUUGGAGCAUCAGCGCAGGGAAGGCCGGUCUUUCCUGCAGCAUGCUGUGUUCUGCACCAGACAUGCACACUGACUGGAUACAUUCUGUGAGCAUGGCUCAUGACGGCUCCUGUGUGGCAUGUGGUUCCGACGACAACUCCAUUUCCCUCUUCGACGUGUCAAAGCAGCGCAUGGCCGGACAAGUCAGGAUCUUUUCUGGUGCAUUUUCUGUGGUACUGUCGCCGGACAUGAAGUCACUGUACUCUGCAAGUGGUGACAUCCGUUUAUGGAGCGUUCCCAAAAUCAGGCAAACUCACCAAUUGAAUGCUGCAGGUACUGGCAAGCAUUCCUAUGCUGUCACCGGCAUUGCGGUGUCUCUUGAUGGAUGCCAAGCCGUUUCUGUGUCUUCAGACUUGACAGAUGGCAAGACAAACGGCGGCCUUCAGAUUGCUCUUUGGGAUUGUCCAACAUGCUCCCAGACCGGAUUCUUCAAAGUGACCGGUUCCAUGGAUGACGAUGACAGGCCCCUGUGCGCAUCCAUGAGCCCGGAUGCUACAAUGGCUGCCAUCGGAUGUGACACGGGCAAGCUUUGGGUCGUGAACUUGACGGAGCCCUUCGCGGCCGUUUGGGUGCAGCCGGAGGCCCAUACUGAGCGCAUCUACUGCUGCGAAUGGCUGGAGCUGGAUUGUUUGGCAACUGGCAGUGAAGAUGGGAGCGUUGCUUGCUGGUCAGUUAAGGACAAGGUCUGCACUGCGACUGCUAGGCCCUAUGAUGCGGGCAUCCGUUGUUUUGCGUGGACCCAAGAUCGGCAAAGGGUCAUGUGUGGCUGCGACUACCAGGCACCGCGACUGGUGUCGGUUGGAGAGAAAGGAUCAGAUGGCCACAUUCUAGCAGAAUUCAAAGACGUCGUCCGACAGGAGCUGACUGUCAUAACCCCUUGUAGCAUCUCGCUUAGCUCGGACGACCGGCGUGCGGUGACCACGAGUUGGGACAAGGCGCUGCGUGUGUGGGAGCUGGACUCUGGGCAGCUCCUGCUGGCCGUGACACAGGUUUCCGACUGGGUGGUGAAGGGUUUCGGAGCCACGCUGGCAGGUGACAUUGCCGGCCUCUGUGUUUCCUAUUCCUGGGACCGGCAGCUGCAGCUCUGGGAUUUCACGCAUGUGCUCGGCAAGGCGAAAGAGCAAAGGGAGCCAGCGGUCGUGUCGUCGCAGGAGUCCUUCGAGAGGCUUUGCACUUGUCAGUGCGAUGCCUCCCUGGUCCACAUGGCUUGUGCGCCGCGCUGGCGAGAGGGUGUCAGGCGGAGCCUGGUGUUUGCAGACGAGGACGGCGGAGUCCACUUCUUUGAGGUUCCAGACUCGCUCCAGGUGCUGUCUCCGGUUCGACAGUGGCCAGGCUGCCUACGAACCAGGCCAGAGGGCUUAGCUGGAGGCGAGCAGAGGGCAAAGGCAUCCGUCGCGGAGAGGCCGCAUGGAAGUCCUUUGCAGCAGGAGACAUCCCUUACCAAGAUGACAACAUCAAGAGAAAACUCGUGGACAGUGAUGCUGGAUCUCGUCGAGGCCCAGAAGUGCUCCUCGUAUUCCGGGGAACAGGACAAGAAACCCUACGGCAUGGCCAUGACCGCAUGUGCUCGGCACGCACUCUGGCCUUUGGCUGCAAAUGUCCUGGCAGAAGUACAGGUUGCUUCCAUGCGGCUGGACGUGGUGCUGUUCGGCGCAUCAGUGGACGCUUACAAACAGGCCAGUAUGUGGUGCUCCGCCGUGCAGGUGCUGCAAAGUUCGUCCGCACAAGGGCUUCGGCAUAGCAUCAUCUCCCACAACGCCUUGCUCAGUUCGCUUGGACGCUCUGCUCUGUGGCAGUCAGGCAUGGCGCUGCAGGCCAGCAUGGCCUGCUCGAGAUGCCCGACCUGCGAUGUCGUGACGUUCAACACGUUGAUCACCUCCUACCUGAACGGCAUGCAAGGUCACCGUGCGCUCGGUGUCCUGCCGUUGAUGAAGGAGCAGCUGGUUCAGCCCGACCAGGUGACGUUCUCCAGCACAAUCCUGGCGUGCAAGAUGGUUUCGGCUUGGCAGCUGGCGCUGGCCUGCGUGCAGGAACUGGGCCCCGGAACGGGAGAUGAAUGCCAGCGCAUGGACUCCAGGGUUCUCGGUGCAGCCAUGGCUGCUUGCGCCAAGGCCAUGCAGUGGGAACGGGCCUUGGAGCUGCUCAAUGCGGUGGAUGCUAAGAGCGGAGCUCUGGACCUGGUUCUCUGCAACACGGGGAUGGCGGCAUGCGCAUCGGGGAGGUCGUGGAAAAGAGCACUUGACCUGCUUCAGAGGCUGGCAGGAGGCGGCUUUCGAUCGGAUGUUGUCUCGCUCAACACGUGCAUGACCGCCUGUGAGAGAGCGGACCACUGGCAGGGUGCCUGCGAACUCCUAUCCGCAGCUCGUCGCCAUGCACAGCGCCUCGAUUCCAUCACCUUUGCAGCUGGCACCGCUGCUUGUGGUGCCGGCGCAGGAUCCGCGCGUUGGGCGUUGGCAAUCAGCAUGAUGGCAAGUUGCCAAGAGCAAGGCGUGCAAGUGACCGCGGAGACCUUUGGGACAGUCUUGGCUGCGCUCUCCGGCCUCAGCAUCGUUGGGGCAAGAGAGGACCACAAUCGCUGGGUCCGGGCACUGAAGCUGCAAUUUGAGGCUGCGUGCGGCAAGCAGGACGACGCAACGACCUGGAAGAUAUCGCUGCAACUAUGCCGAGAUGCUGCUCUUGCUGGUGCUGUCGGCAUGCAUUGCCAGGCACUGGAUUUACUGACAAUGCUGGGAGAGGAUGCCGAUGCGGCCGCAUUUUGCACAGUCCUCGACACCCUGGAGCUGGCUGAAGACUUUCACGGUACCGCUGUGCUGUUGACCCGAUCCUGCUGUCAUGGUGUUCAACUUCUUCGGCGAAUGUUACACUCGCAGGUUUCUUCAAACACCCAAUGCGCUCAAGCAGUCAUCACGAUGGACUCCCUCAUGUUUCAGCAUAGACUGCCUUCUGCGAUGAAGGCUGCCUUUCAAAAGGCCGUCGCCGCUCCGGCUUUGGCGAGGCUGAUUCGACUGCUUCACACUCCUUUGGUGUCUCGAAACGAGCAGCUGGAGGCGCUGCCUAUGUUGGGGCACGCUGCAACGAUGCAGGCCUUGAGCCAAAGUUGCCUUGGCUUGCAGGCCGGAGCAAUGUCAAGCUGGAGGCUCUUGGGUAGGCGAUGUCUGUGUGGCUGGAGACUCCAGCUGCCCUCGUACGAGGCGGUGGCGACGGCCCUGGCCCCAUGUCUUGCCUACAGCAUUCGUCCCGCAAAGCACGCAUGCUCUGCCGGACGCGUGGUUGGCUACAGAGCAGAGGAAAAUGCAGGAUCUGAUGGGCCUCUAGCAGCUGUCUGGGUGCAGCACGACCGUUCUCAGCACGGAGAGCGCCAGGCCCUUCUGAUGGUCGUCGCAGCGACUGCCGGUAGCAGUCAGUCCUGA